UCGAGAUAAUCGAAUCUGAUCACAAAACGGAUAAAUACACCCUCCUGGCGACACACAAAGGGGCAAUUAAACAGAAAAUAAUUGUAUCUGGGACCCACACAACAGUGGAAAAGUUGGAUCCAUGCAAAGUGUAUGUGUUCUAUGCACAUUGUAGCGAAAGGGACGAUGUAAGUCUGCAUGAUAUGGUCAAGUCAACGCUUAUAUGGACAGCACCAGGCCAAGUUCAGGACAUUGUGUGUUCGUAUCAAAAUUCCAAUUCAUACAAAAUCACAUGGAAAGAAAUACUCGGAUCUGAUGGCUACGAAGUCAAAUACCAAUGUGGAAAACGUUCGGAACAAAUUGAAAAAGCUCGCAAUGCCUCUUUAGUAUUGGAGAAGCUUGAGCCCGGUGAGAUUUAUACAAUCCAAGUACGAGCAAAGAGUAAAUCAGCGUAUGGUGGGAAAUACUCCGAUCAAAAAAAGUUCAAAACAGCACCUCGGUCACCAUCUAGCGUCAAAAUUUCAGCAAAUAAGUUGAACCCAGCAACAAAAAUUGAUGUUGAAGUUACUGCUCCGGGAACAAGAAGAUACAAAAUAUUGUUAAAAAAUUUGAGCGGAGGUGCCAACUCAAAACCGAUAGUUACAGCAGCUAAAUGCAUAACAGUGCCAGAUUUAAUACCCAGCCAGCAGUAUCAGGCAGACGUUUGCUGUAUAGAUGACGAAAACGAUGAAUUACGAAGCGACGUAACAACAUCGAAUACAGUAUGGACGGGUACUUCAAAGCUGCAAAAUGUUCAAAUCUCUUCCGUCAGUAAAACCAGUUGCAAAGUAACAUGGGAGCAAAUCGAAGCUGCAGAGUCCUAUAUAGUGAAACACAACAUAAAGAACAGUAACGAGAAAAAACCAUUCCCAACCAAAGAUACUCAACGAAUAUUGGAAAACUUAAGCUGUGGAAAUACUUACGAAAUCCAAGUAUUUCCUGUCAGUGCACGGGGCGAAGGAACAGGGUCUGACAUCCAAUCAUUCACGACAGCCCCCGUCUGCCCUGAAAAUUUAACAUUUCAAUGUUUGGGCACAAACGAGUCAGAAGUUACAUGGAAACCGAGUCACGGAGCAUCGAAAUACGAAGUUGUGAUAACGAACGAGAAUGACAAAGUAGAAAAGAAAGAAACAACUGCUCCUUCUUACGAAAUAAAAGGCAUGGCUGUGAAUUGGAAAGUUUCUGUUUCUGCAAUCAAUAGUGGGGGAAACAGUGAUCCAGCAGAAUUGAAAUUCAAACAAGUUUUAACAUAUCUAAAGAAGAAAUUUCAAGAGUCUUUAAAAGUAAUUGAAAAAGAAAAAUGUUUUCACGUUAACGCCAAAGAUCAAAAAUCUAGGAAAGAUGUUAACCUAGGCCAAUUGGAUGUAAAACCGAGAGACACUUACGUAAUACACGGUGUCCCUUUUGCUGGAAAAUCUGUCUUCUGUGGAAAUUUCAUGGAAUCUCUCAAGAAAGACAUUCUUGGACUUUAUUUCGAUUUUAACAAAGUCACAAGCACGAAAAUACAAAAUCUAAAAAACUUUUUUCAACGUUACAUGGAAGAUCUUUCACCUGGAGAAAUGACUUUUGUCAUGGGUUGGCUGAAAAGUAAUUCUGGGAAAAUAGCUCUUGUCCUCGACAAUGUUGCUGUCAACAACGAAGGCAACGGAGGGCCACAAAUAACGCUCAUUCAAAGCUUUUUGUGCCUAAUUCGUAAAGAAAUCCCGCAGUGCCGAACACUAAUCACCACUAACCACAGAGACUUGUAUACUAAAAUUGAACACACUAAAGCAAUACAGUUACUUGGAUUUAGUGACGACAGUAAACAAACUAUCAUCAAAAAUAUACUCGGGAACAAACAAGACCCAGACGCAAUUCCAGAACAAACGAAGUUAUUCUUAUGCAAUCCAGGUCUUUGCUACAGUAUUUUACAGAUGAUCAGUCAAGCGAUUCAAUUCGAUGUUUCUUCAACGGCGGCUGUUUUUAUUCACGCCAUGGAGCACCAUUUGUCCCACUAUCCCGAGGAGGCAAAGACGGUCAUAUUGAGCAAAAUAGCUGCCGAUAUUAAAAGACAGGCAAGCGUAUCUGUCGAGUUUCAGGAAGUCAAGCCCAAUAAAGGAGGUCGAAGGAGAUCUACGAAACAAAAUACAACAAGUACUUCAGUUGCUAGCUACAUGCCGUCAGUAAGUGGUAUCUCUUUACAAUCCCAACAAAAAGAGCAAAUGGAUUGUUUUAAACUGUACGAAAUGUGCAUUAAAGCUCUUCAUGCAGCGUACUUCGUAGAGGUUAAACAGUUUGAAAAACAUUUCCCACUUCACCUACCAAAUUCCACUAUUGGGAAAAUGAUAUCGGGUCUUCUUCGCCAAACGACCUCAGGCAAAGCGAUUACUAUCAUGAAGAAAUAUUUGCCCCUGAAUAUAGAUAAAAUUAUAAAAGCAAAAUGCGAAUUUCUGCAAAAAUUCAUUACAAAACACCAAGAAGAAAUCAAGAAUUACGUUUACACCCACAGCAAAAUUACAUUGGAUUGGAUUACGUGCUGCAUCGAGCUCGGGGAUUUGAAAUUGCUGUCAAAAUGCUGUCCAAAAGAAGUUGAAGUAAAAAACAAAUUUUCAAACGAAACCCUUGAUCAAGUCCAGCAAUUCAUAAAAAAAGCUCCGCGUGAAGCCUGCAAUAUAUUCAAAGUUAAAGUGAAGAAGGGCGUUGGUACCUCAAUACAAGCGGAUAUUGAUAGUUCUGUGAGACAGAACGGAAAUGAAAUUGAAGUUGUCGGGUCCAAAACAGGCAGUCGCAUCGGAACUAUGUCUCGGCAAAGCGUUAGAUCAAUGUCUCAAGCAUCAACCAUGGGUCAACCACCUUCGUUAAAUGAUGAAAACGAUGCAGAAGAAAAUGACGAUAUUUCUCCCACGGGGAGCAACAAUACAAUGAAGGCAGUAGAUGCUGCAAAUAGGCAAGGGGGCGACAUUUCAGGAACUACCAAUUCAAACUACUGGAGAACUGCCUUUGUAGGUGAGUCAUUUACAACCUCUGAAAAAGAAAUUUAUUUACCAACAACAACAACAAUAUAAUAAUAACAACGGUAUU